AAAUUUACUUCAAGAUUAUACAGUUUAAACUUGAAUAUGGGGAAAAUCACAUUUUAAAUCUUAAUUAAGUAUAAACUAUGAAACAAAUUUGCUUUUUUCUUCCUUACAUUCAUGUUAGGGAAAACCACAUUUUAAAUCUUUAAGUUGGCAAAAGUUUUCAUUUUAAACCAUAGAGUUCAACUGCUAACACUUUAAAAUUUAAACAAUGAAAUUAGUUUCAAUUUAAGAAAAAACCAAAAAGGUUAAAUAUUCUAGAAUUAAUUAAUUAAAUCAAAAUAACAUUAGUGCUAACAACAAACUCCAUACGUUACUUUCUUACUAACAAAUUAAUGGGUAUAGUAAAUGUCUUUCUUUAUUGCUUCUCCUACCAUACAAAUACAAGAAAGAACAAAGCAACACACAAAAACACUUCACUUUUUUUCCACUAAUUAAUUAGUUUCUUCUUCUCUUCUUUCCAAAAAAUAUGGAGAAUUACGUCGGCGAGAGUGGAUUUGCUCCUCUAAACAAAACCGUCUUCACACGUGAUCAAGAACAAAUGAAAGAAGAAAAUUUCCCCUUCCAAGUCGUUGACCAAUCAAAGCCCACAAGCUUUCUUCAAGACUUCCAACAUCUUGAUCAUGAUCAUCAGUUUGAUCAUCAUCAUCAUCAUCAUGGCUCUACAUCUUCAAAUCCUUUGCUCGGUAUCCAAACUAGGCCCUCUUGUGUCAAUAGUUCUCUUUUCGAGCAUUGCGCUUACCAAGACAAUAUGGUCAAUAUGGUCAAUAAACAUGGACCUAUGGACAUGAAACAAGACAACAUGAUGAUGGGGAUGAUCUCUUUUGAUUACCCUCCUAGAGAGAUCACCAAGCCUAUGAACUUCGUAAUGCCAGAUGAAGUUUCAUGUGUUUCUGCGGAUAAUGAUUGUUAUAAAUCGAUGAGUUUCAAUAAGACCAAACCAAUUCUGACAAGAAAGUUGUCUUCAUCCUCGUCGUCAUCAUCAUGGAAAGAAAAGAAAGAAACAACAUUAGUCAAAGGACAAUGGACUUCUGAAGAAGACAGGAUAGUGAUUCAAUUUGUGGAGAAAUAUGGAUUGCGAAAAUGGUCGCAUAUUGCACAAGUGUUACCGGGAAGGAUUGGGAAGCAAUGUAGAGAGAGAUGGCAUAACCAUUUGAGACCUGACAUUAAGAAGGAAACAUGGAGUGAAGAAGAAGACAGAGUGCUUAUACAAUUUCAUAAAGAGAUUGGGAACAAAUGGGCAGAGAUUGCCAAAAGACUCCCUGGAAGAACAGAGAACUCGAUCAAGAACCACUGGAACGCAACAAAACGAAGACAAUUCUCUAAGAGAAAGUGUAGAUCUAAGUAUCCAAGACCUUCUCUGUUGCAGGAUUACAUAAAGAGUUUGGAUUUGAAAGCCUUGUCGUCUUCCUCUGUGCCUGCAAGAGGUAGACGCAGAGAGAGUAACAAGAAGAAGGAUUUUGUGGCGGUUGAGGAAGAGAAUAAGAAGAAUGAAGAUGACCUUUACGGACUAGACAGGAUGGUACCUGAAUGUGUGUUUACUGAUGACUUUGGAUUCAAUGAGAAGCUUCUUGUGGAAGGAUGUAGCAUUGACUCAUUACUUGAUGACCUUCCUCAGCCUGACACUGAUACUUUUGCUCAUGGAUUCUGAUUUGUAUUGUUUUUAUUUUUUAAUUUCAGUUUUUUUUUUUGAAUGAGACAUAUUCA